ACCACAGAACAAGGUUAUAUUCUUAUGUCUUAGGGUGGAACUUCCUAACAUACAAGAAAGGGCUCAUUCUUCAAGAAUCAUUUUCCUUGAAUCUCACCAACAAAACACUCCUGGGCUCAGAAACUGUUGAGACAGAAAGAAGAAGAGGGAGAGAAAGAAUGAAUUCAUCUAAAUCAUCUGCAUCACAGUGCACAGAGAGAGGAUGCUUCUCUUCCGAAGUGUUUGUGUGGGCUCUUGCUGGCGUCUCCAUCCUACUGCUCAGUGCCUGCUUUAUCGCCAGAUGUGUCGUGACAUAUCACAUCUCUCAACUCUGUGAUGAGAAAACUUCCCAGUCACAUGAAAAUUUCAUGGAGCUCUCCUGCAACAAUGAUGGAUCAGGUUCAGUCAGGAAUUGCUGUCCAUUGGACUGGAUAUAUUUUCAAUCUAGCUGCUACUUCUUUUCUACUAACACCAUGUCCUGGACAUCAAGUUUAAAAAACUGCUCAAACAUGGGAGCCCAUCUGGUGGUUAUCAACACACAGGAGGAACAGGAAUUCCUUUUCAGUACAAAACCUAUAAAGAAAGAGUUUUAUAUUGGGCUGACAGACCAGGUGAUUGAGGGUCAGUGGCAAUGGGUAGACGGCACACCUUUCAAAGAGUCUCUAAGCUUCUGGGAUGUCGGGGAGCCCAACAACAUAGUCACAGUGGAGGACUGCGCCACCAUUAGAGACUCUUCAAAUCCAAGACGAAGUUGGAAUGAUGUGCCCUGUUUCUUCAAUAUGUACCGGAUUUGCGAAAUACCAGAAGUAAAUAUUUUUAAUACAGAAAAAUCUCUAAGAAGAUAAGGCACAACUUAAAUGUAUAAAUGAAGAGGAGUAACAGCCUGAACACAGUCAGAACUCCAGCACAAGAAAAGUGUGCCUAACGCUUCACAAGGAUUUCAAAAGCGUUUACUGCUUUGGUAUAAAUACAAAGAAGUAGUUCUGAAUGUUGUGAUUCAUGAUACUGAGCGAAGUGCCCUUUUCUCUGUAUUAGUCUCGGGGCUUCUGAGAACUUACUGAGCAAUUCUCUAGCAAAUGCUAUGAGAAGAAAGGCGUGUGCGGCUUUUGGUAUAUUUACCUUACUUGUGAGCAAUUGUGUGACGACAUGGGGCCUCUGAGCAAGCACAGAGUCCUGCAAAGAAAAGGAUUUUGGAAAGUGCGUUUGAACAAUCACCUCAAUGCAGGCUCGGUGUCGAUUCCUUUUCUGGCUCCUGAAAUAUCAGUCUACUCUUCUUGAUUUCCUACUGUUUUUAGCCCCUGCCCAGGUAUAUAUUCUCACUAUGUGCUCUUGAACAAUGACUCAGAAACUUCUUCAAGGCACGAAAUGUUUUCCUGGUCAAAGGACUGCUCCGGGUUUCUGGGCUGGAGCUUUUACUGCACUUUCUGAGGGAAGGACGGUGCUAGCCCUUCAGCACCGAACAGACUGCCACCCGGCCCCCACACACCAGCAACUCCCUUCUCUCUCUAUUCCUGUUGACUAACUGGAUCUCACUUCAAUUAGUAUCUGCUGUUCAGCUAGGCCAGAGUCCAAUCGUCGAAUUAUUCAAAGAGAACAUGUAGCUCGGCACUUCCCUGUGUCAAGCCUAUCCAUUUACUUAUUGCAUAAUAGUCUAUCGAUACUGAUAAGGUUAUUCAAGAAUAUGUAAAUAACAUGUUACAAACAUGUUUCUUGCACAUACCAUCAUAAAGAAACCCUCAAAAUUCAUACUUUGGAAUUAAUGGUGUAAUAAUUAAAUGGGAAAAUUCGACUGAACAAGUGAAUAUAACGUAUCAGUUUUCCUUACAAAUGUUUAUUUUUCUAAGGUCAUAAGUGACAAUUUGUGCUUUUGAAACCAAUAAACCUUUAAGCCAAAAGUCAUUCAACCUAAAAGAAAGGCAAUCUUCAACUUUCUAAAGAAUGUAUCUUCAACUUUCUAAUUCCCCUUUUCCAAAUCAUAAAUGUCAGUGAAGAAACACUGCAGGACAUACGGGGAUUUUUUUUGUUCACUGUUGUUUCCCUGCAUUGGCUAUAAUUUGAAUAUUUUAAAUUUUACUUCAAUAUUGAAAGAUAUGAAACUAUUACUGUAUAUUAUCUCACCAUGUAUUUAUAAUUUAAGUUAAGCAAUUAACUUUGUCUUCAAAGUUUGGCAAAAAAAGAAAUCAUAGGAGUUUAGUGGUUAAAGAUCAUUAGAACCUAAUUAUCCAUUUGGAAAAUUUGUGUUUGGGAAAUAUAUCAUCCAGCUGAAACUAUUUUAAAAUGUGAUUAAAAACAUAUAUAUAUAACAUUUUAAAAUAUAAUAUUUUAUACAAAUACUUAGGCAUCUGAAAACCCAGAAAGUUACAAUAAAUAAGAGUAUUCCCAAGACAACAUUCCCAAAAUAAACAACUGAUAAGAUGUAAAUUACCAUUUGAGACCCUAAUUUUUUUAAAGAAAAGUCACUCAAAUACAUUUUGUAAAGUUGAUACAUAUUUAUUAUCAAAACUGUAAGAGCACAACUGUAUAAGGUGAAAGUGAAAAAUAAAUCCAAAACUGAAGUUACAAAUAA